GGGGGAAAUGACAUCUUCUAAGAUAACAGAACUAUUGCUUAUGGUUACUUUGUGCUUGUGUUCAUCAUCACCCGUAGUAAGAUGUAAUGAUGAUACUAAGAUUUUGGUUUAUCAGCCAAAUUGCUUGAGGGUGCCUUUUGAUCGUUUUGUGGCGUCGGUAAACUCCACAAUUCACAGAGUUGGGAAGAUGACCUCUUCUUUUGCGUCCGAAUCAUAUAACAUUUCAAGAGACUGUCUCAGGGUGUCCAAUGCUCUUUCUGAUUGCCUCGAGUUGCUUGAUACUUCAGCCGAUCAAUUAGGCUGGACCUUGGAAGCUUUACUCAAUCCUCUACGUACAAAAGUUGGAACGGGGGAUUUGAGUUCAGACUUGAGGACAUGGCUAAGCAGUGUUAUAGUCAACCUAGACUCAUGCAAAGAAUUAUUAGACCAUGGCCGCAGCAACAACAACAGCAAAAUCUCAUUGGGAAAAGAACUCAAAAAAAUCGCCUCAUUAGUCUUACACACACUUGCAAUGGUGCAUCCGAAUCGCAAUGCAAAUGAUGAAACACAACAGCGUCCUUUUUGGCUUGAACUUAGACGCCGGAAACUCGUUCAGGCCUGUAAAGAAUCCGCCAAUGCCGUGGUGGCGUUGGACGGUUCCGGACAAUUUACUAGCAUCAAUAAAGCUGUGAAAUCCGCGCCGAAGCAUUCCCCGGAGCCAUUUGUGAUAUACGUGAAAAGAGGCGUUUAUAAUGAGUAUGUGGUCGUCAAGAAGAAUAAAUGGAAUAUUGUUAUGAUCGGGGACGGAAUGGAUGCUACAAUAAUUACCGGUAGCCGAAGUGUCGCCGACGGCCUCAAAACCUAUCAUUCAGCCACCUUUAGCGUGAAGGGCCGAGGUUUCAUAGGAAAAGACAUGACAUUUGAGAACACGGCCGGGCCGGAAAAGCAUCAAGCCGUGGCGUUCCUUUCCGAUUCCGACCAAUCCGUACUAUACAGAUGUAGCUUCAGGGGUUACCAAGACACUCUAUACACCCACAACAACCGCCAGUUCUACAAAGAAUGCGUGAUCACCGGAACCAUCGAUUUCAUCUUCGGCCACGGCACCGUAGUCUUCCAGGACUGCCAGGUCAUCGCCCGGAAAGGGCUACCGGAUAAGAACAACACAAUCACGGCUCAGGGCCGGAAAUCUUUGGGACGCUUCUCGGCUUUCUCAUUACAAUCAUGCAACAUCACGGUGACGCCGGAAGCCGUGGCUGCGUCGGUGGAGACGUACCUCGGCAGGCCCUGGAAACGGUACUCGACAACGGUGGUGAUGCAGUCGGAAAUCAGCGCCGGGAUCUCGCCUCAGGGGUGGCUUCCCUGGUCCGGGGAGUAUGCCCUUGAUACGCUGUAUUAUGGAGAGUACAUGAAUGUUGGGAGUGGGGCCGAUGUGAGUAAACGAGUCGGGUGGCCGGGUUUUCAUGUGAUUACGGAUGCCGCUGUUGCGGAGGGAUAUACAGUGGCAAAUUUGAUUGCUGGAAAUGCGUGGUUGCCUUCAACAGGCAUACCAUACAAAGCAGGAUUGUGACACAUUAAUUUUUGUGUAUUAUUAUUAUUAUUUGUACAAGAGAAUGGGAAUUAUGGUUAGUGGUCAACUGUGUGGCACAAAUGAUGAAUCAGUUGAUUAUAUCUUCUUUAGAUGUGAUUAUUGCUCAAGGAAUUUUGACAGGUUUAAUUGAAGCAGUAGUGUGGAGCGAAUAAAUUGCCUCACAUACAUCAAGAUAGAGUACUCAAUCGUUAUUGCAGCAGUAGCGUUUUCAAUCCGUGAGAAAGAAAAUUUUGUUUCAAAAUUUUGUUUGCAUCCAUAAUAGUUUGUGUACAUCACAUCUGGGCCAGAAAGAGAUAAUCGAAAGUUUGGUGCUGCUCAGAUUUAGAAGACAUCUAAUAUUAGAUUCAAGGAGAUCCAGCAAGAGGGUUCAUGUCGAAAGUUGAAAAAGUAGAUGUGAUCUGAUUAGAAAAGUUAGGAAUAGAGUUUGAACAAAAAGAAAAGAUGUAAAGAGUCCAAAGAUUUGUGGUGUCCUAGGUAAAGUGUGAUACUCUGUUCAAUUUUUAUAAGAGUUAGGCUUAUUAAUACAUUUACCAUUUUAC